AUGGGACAAUCCCCAAUCCCAUUGGGUAUGGGUGGGUGGGGCUUUGAGGCUGAUGAAACAGACAAUUUAUCAAUUUAUGAAAUUAAUACAAGUACUGGAAAUUCCAGACAAGGAGGUAAAGCUAGAGAUCCAGUAUGGAAUUAUUUUAAUGCAAUAGAAAUUCCACAUCAAUUUAUGAAAUUAAUACAAGUACUGGAAAUUCCAGACAAGGAGUCAUGGAAACAUGGUAAACCUUCUGAAUUGAAAGGGCAUUUGGCUCUGAAAUGCCCAUUAGUUAGUAAAGAAGUAAAAUUAAAAUAUUUAAGAUCAAUUAAAUCAGAUGAUAAUACAUACUCUGCAAAUAAAAGGCAAAGUGGAAAUAUUGGAAAUAAUAUGGAUCUUUACAGAACAACUGAAUUCAAUUCAGCUGUUGAAUCAAUCAAAUCUUGGUCAACAAACAGUCGUGGUGGUCCUGUUGGAAUAAAUAAAACUGAAUUUUCAAGGAUGGCAUCUGCAAUUGGCAAAGAUAUUUGUGUUACAGCAGCUAAAUUACAUAAAUUAACAAAAUUUGUUCAUGAUAAGGAAAAUUUAUCACCCUACUCAUCAGAUAAUGAUGACGACUAUACAAACUUAACAAACGAUUAUCAAAAAUUUGAUUGUAUUGCUGAAAUAAGGAAUUUUGGGCUCGAACUACUGUUGCUUGAGGCUGGUGAUGACAAGACUGACAUUUAUGGUAGAAAAUAUCACAAUGACCACUCACAAUUAAAAAUAGCAUUAAAGGAUUGCUUAGAUAUGUUUAUGGAAUGGUUACAUCUGUCUACAGCAGAAAUAUCUGAAAUUUGCACACUUGGAUUGCAAAUUAUUGAUACAAAAUGGAUCAUCUAUUCAAUGACCUAUGAUCCUUUAUCCAAAUACUAUUUUUUUCACCAACUAUGUUCUUUUCACUUUCCGACAUCAUUCUCUGAUUUGGAAUUUUUUCUGCCAUAUCUUAUAGAAAAUUUAUUGUCACUUCGGCACACUAUGUUAAAUAUGGUGAACAAAACCAAAGAAGUUACGAUUGCUGCAAGAACAACUACGCCAUCACCUCAAUCAUCACCGUUACAUGAGACACCUGAAACUCCUCCACAAAUAAAAUGA